AUGAGCAAAAGGAAGGCCCCCCAGGAGAACCCCAAUGCUGGCAUCACCGGCUUCGUCUCUGAACUAGCCAACUAUGAGAGGAAUGUGAACAGAGCCAUCCACAAGUACAAUGCCUACAGGAAAGCAGCUUCUGUAAUAUCCAAGUAUCCAAGCAACAUCAAAAGUGGAGCUGAAGCCAAGAAACUAGAUAGCGUUGGAGCAAAAAUUGCUGAAAAGAUUGAUGAGUUUUUAUCUACUGGGAAAUUGCGGAAACGGGAAAAGAUUCGACAGGAUGAUACGAGUUCUUCAAUCAAUUUCCUGACUAGAGUUAGCGGCAUUGGUCCUGACGCAGCCAGGAAAUUUGUGGAUGAAGGAAUCAAAACACUGGAAGAUCUAAAGAAAAAUGAGCACAAAUUGAACCAUCAUCAACGGAUCGGUUUAAAGUACUUUGAAGACUUCGAGAAAAGAAUCCCUAGGAAUGAAAUGUUGGAGAUGCAGGAAAUCGUAUUAAGCGAGGUCAAGGGAGUGGACCCCCAAUACAUUGCUACGGUGUGUGGCAGUUUCUGGCGAGGUGCAGAAUCAAGUGGGGACAUGGACAUCCUCCUCGCCCAUCCAGACUUCACAUCAGAAUCUCCCAAACAGCCAAAGCUUUUGCACCAAGUGGUCGAGCAACUGGAGAAGGUCCACUUUGUCAUGGAUACUCUGUCAAAGGGAGACACAUGUCAGCUUCCAUGCAAAGAGGAAGGAACUAACUACCCAUACAGGAGAAUCGAUAUUAGGUUGAUUCCCAAAGAUCAGUAUUACUGUGGAGUUUUGUACUUUACUGGAAGCGACAUAUUCAAUAAGAACAUGCGCACCCACGUGCUGAAGAAGGGCUUCACGCUCAACGAAUACACGAUCCGGCGCUUGGGCAUCACCGGGGUCGCUGGAGAACCCCUCCCUGUGGACAGUGAGAAAGACAUCUUUGAGUACAUCCAGUGGAAGUACCGGGAGCCAAAAGACCGGAGUGAAUAGCUCCUCAGGCAUCUUGACAGUUGGGUCUGCAGGGCUGUGGUGUUGGCUUCCUAGCCUGGAACUGUAACUUAUUGCUUCGGUGCU